AUCUACGUCGCCUUUGAGCUGGGCUCCUUCUUCCAGAACUUCCGCCGCUACGUGCGCUCGUACGACCCCACCCGCAUGCACGACGCCCCCCCCACCGCCUCCCCCAUCUCCGCCUGCCAGCCCUUCUCCUACCUGGACGGCAACGAGUCGCUGCCCAUCAGCCCCUGCGGCCAGAUCGCCGCCAACUUCUUCAAUGACACCUUCCGCCUGCUGGCGCCAGGUGGCGCUGAGCUGGACCUGGACGACUCAGCCAUCGCCUGGCCCUCAGACGCAGACCACCUGUACGGCCCCGUGGCAGCCGAGAACUACAACCCCGCCUCCUCCCCCGCCCUGCGCGGCGGCAACACCUCCGACCUGGUCCUCAACGCCAACCAGCACUGGAUGGUGUGGAUGCGGCCCCACAGCCAGGUGGCGAUACAGAAGCUGUACGGCCAGCUGAACACUGCCAUCGAGGUGGGCACCGAGCUGACGCUGGUGGUGAACAACCGGUACAACACGUACGAGUUUGGGGGGCCCAAGACGGUCAUCAUCACCACCAACAGCUGGGUGGGCGGCCACAACAACUUCCUGGGCGCCUGCUACAUCGCCGUGGGCGGCCUGUGCCUGCUGGCCUCGCUCUUCUUUGUGAUGGGGUAC